GGAAUUUUUUAUUUUUUUUUUCGAAACAAGAAAAAAGCCUUCUUGCUUCUUCCCCGCCUCCCAUGGCAAUUGAAAACCUGUAUUCUUUGUCUUGCUAACAAUAAUUCAUAAGGGAGAAAGUAUGCUUUUCCUACCAGCUCGGAAACUUUUUUUGAGUUCAUCUUCGAAGACAUUUCUGCUUCUAAAAUCGUCGACUGCCCCGGCUACUUACGCCUGCUUACAUUCGCUCCAUGAUUGUUCUUCUACUUCUCCGAGAACACUUCGUUUUUACUCCUCUAGUCGAUUUUUUUUGCAUCUAAGUUAUCAGAGGGCCUCUCGCUGCAGUCAUACGCCCUAUUCCGCCACGCCUGUUCCUAGACAAUUUUCUGGUGUCAAUGAUGAGAGUCUGGGUAAGCAAUUCAUUGAUGAUAAGAAGCUGAUGAUAUUAAGGAAGAAGUUGCAGGAAAUUGGAAUUGAUGGCAGUUCAUGCACGCCGGGCCGAUAUAAUGGUUUAGUUUGUCCAAGUUGUAAAGGCGGAGAUUCACAUGAGAAGAGCCUAUCUCUUUCAGUCACCGAAGAUGGCGGUGCAGCAGUGUGGACCUGCUUUCGAGCUAAAUGCGGGUGGAAGGGCGCUACUACCCGUGCCUUUGCAGGUGUAAAAUCAACUUAUUUAACAAAGAGUAAAAUAAAAAUAAAGGAAUCACGUAGAACAAUCACAGAGGAGAGUAUAGGACUGGAACCUUUGAGCAGUAAGCUACUUGCAUAUUUUGCUGACCGCGUGAUCUCUGGUGAAACCCUACGGAGAAAUGCUGUUAUGCAGAAGAGGAAGGGAGAUCAGGUUGCCAUUGCUUUCACUUACCACAGAAAUGGAAAGCUCGUAAGCUGCAAAUAUCGUGAUACUGCCAAAAGAUUUUGGCAGGAAGCAAAUACUGAAAAAAUAUUUUAUGGGCUCGAUGAUAUAAAGGAAGCAAGUGAAGUCAUUAUUGUUGAGGGUGAAAUGGACAAGCUUGCUAUGGAAGAAGCAGGCUUCAAAAAUUGUGUGAGUGUUCCUGAUGGUGCCCCUCCAAAAGUCUCAGCAAAGGAAUUGCCCACAGAAGAAAAGGACACCGGCUUUCAGUACUUGUGGAACUGCAAAGACUAUUUCGUAAAGGUGUCUCGUAUAAUCCUGGCAACUGAUGGUGAUAAACCUGGCCAAUCUUUAGCUGAAGAACUUGCUCGUCGUCUUGGGAAAGAAAGAUGCUGGCGUGUGCAUUGGCCAAGGAAGGAUCAUAUCAGCUCGUUCAAUGAUGCAAACGAGGUUCUAAUGUUUCUGGGUGCAGAUGCUGUAAGAGUUGCAAUUGAAAAGGCAGAGUUGUAUCAGAUACAGAAUUUAGAGAACAGGUGUAGCUAGCUAUUGAUGAACAAUAUAUACUCUGGAGUUUGGUUUCGAGAGGAUGAUUUUUCAUUGCUUAUUUGAGUAUAUUUUAUAAACAAAUUCAGAGCUCGUGAAAGAUGAAUUUUUAUUUCAAUAACAAGUUUUUAAAUGCUUCCUC